AUGACGGAGGAGGCCACAGGGCGUUUCCCCUGUCUUACCAGAGCCCUGCCGGCAGCUCAGAGCACAGUGGCCUCAGUACUCCACAGCAGCAAAGCCAACCUCUGGGCCCUGCCCAGCCCUGUGGUGACCCCAGCAGGGAAGUUUCUCACUGCACGGACAUGGAGACCCAUAGACCUGAUUCUCAACCAGCUGGUCUUUGCCAACACCCUGGCUCUUCUCUCCAAAGGCGUUCCUCACACAAUGGCAGCAUUUGGGAUGAAAUCUUUUUUGGAUGAGCCUGGGUGCAAGGUGGUCAUCUGUGUGUACAGAGUGUCCAGAGGGGUCACACUCAGCACCACCUGCCUGCUCAGCAGCUUCCAGGCCCUGAAACUCCAGCCCGGUGUGUCUGGCUGUGUGCAGCCCAGGCUGAGGUCUGCCAAGGGUGUCGCUCUCUGCUGUGCCCUCUGCUGGCUUCUGCAUCUCCUGUUCAAUCUGGCUUUUGGAAAAUGGAUAACUGUUCCCAAAGCUAGCAAAAACCUGACUGUAGAGACCAUGUACAGGUUCUGUUCCAUCCCUGCUGCAGGGGCAGAAACAGUCCUAACUCUAGCUAUGAUAUUCUUCAUCACUGACGCUAUGUUCCUGAGCCUCAUGGCCUGGGCCAGCGGCUCCAUGCUCCUGGUCCUGCACAGACACAGGCAGCGAGUGCAGUACAUCCACAGCCACACGCUCGGCCCCAGGGCCUCCUGUGAGAUGCGAGCCACUGGCAGCAUCCUGGUCCUGGUGAGCCUGUUCCUCUCCUUCUACUCUCUGUCCUCUCUCUUAUCCCUGUAUGCUUAUCUCCAGGUGGGGACCCCGAGUCCCUGGCUGGUGAGCAUGUCCUACUUGGUGUCCUCUGGCUUCUCCACCCUGAGCCCCUUGGUGUUCAUCUUUAAUGAUGCCCAUUUCUCAUGGCUCUGCUCUCCCCGCUACACAGGAAGAUAA